GUUGGUUUUAACGCUGUCUCCAGGAACAUACAAUAAAACAAACACAAGUCCCUGUUUUAUUUUACCCAUGAUGCCGUUCUUUAGCAGAUCAGAGCACAGCAGCAAACUCACACCUGAGGAGGAGGAGGCGGAGCCGAGGAAGGCCCCAGAGACCCCACCCCCUCCUGACUCCACCCAGCCGUCGCUCCUGGCCAAUCUGUUGGCACAGCGCCGGUCGUCUGUCAGCGUCCCGCCGUCCAAUGAGAUCAGCCCUCCGCUGCGAGGCUCCGCCCACAUGCCGUACCUGCCCCACUCGCCCUUCUUCCUGUUCUCCUACGAUCUGCAGGAGCAGCAGGAUCAGAAGAGCAGCAGGUCGUUCUCUGCUGUAAGUUCUUCAUCCACAGCAGCCAAACAACACAAUGACCGGCCUGCUCUGGGCGGCCUGCUGUCGUCCUCGUACCGGCAGCAUCAGGAAUCUCUGGCGGCGGAGAGAGAGAGACGACGGCUGGAGCGAGAGGAGCGACUGCAGCGCAUCGAGAGAGAGGAGCGCAACCGACACAG